AUGUCUAGCAACUGUGAGAUCCUAAGCAGUAACUUCGUAUUUUUUUCUCUAAGGUACUUAAGUGGCAACAAACUGAAGACCGUUCCACCAACCAGUCUGGCCAGUCUCAAGUGUUUACAGAGGUUAUGGCUGGACAAUAACGAACUGACCGAGUUACCUACAGAUGCACUGGAAGAGUUACGGAAUUUACAAGCAUUAAACAUUGGUGCCAACCAAGUCAGACACGUUCCGAAUUUUGCAUUCCAAAAUUUAUCUAACCUCGCCAUUCUUGUCUUAAAGAAGAACAAAAUAGAAACAAUAGAUGAACAGGCUUUUCACGGAUUAGGGCUCUUAAAAGUGUUAGACCUCAACGGUAACAAACUGAAGAAACUACCAGUGGGACUAAGGAACCUUCCAUCGCUGCGAGAACUCACCUUCGCCAGCAACGACAUUCAGGUUUUACCAGAUUCCGCCUUCAAGUUCAACCCUCAACUAACCCUGCUGGAAAUGGGAGGAAAUCCGCUGAUUGAAAUAGGACAGAAUACCUUCUCCAACCUCCCCAAUCUAAAAGAAUUAAUUUUAUCCGAAGUGCGUAGUUUAGAAGAAUUUCCAGAUCUAAAAGGAACAAACGCUCUGGAACACUUGCGUUUGGACCGUGCUUUAUUAUACUCUGUUCCUCCAAAUUUAUGCCACCAGGUGCCGCUGCUUAAAAGUCUAAACUUGAAAUCUAAUCGAUUGUCGUCGCUACCGCAAUUAGAAGAAUGCGAAGAUCUUCGUUUAAUAGACUUCAGUUACAACAGGAUAAGAUCGCUGGAGAACAUUCCAUUUCAAAAGCAGAAGAACCUGAUUGAUUUGUUGCUAGGAGACAAUCUGAUAGAAACUAUUCCACGCGAUGCUUUUCGAGGACUGGACAACUUACAAGUUUUAAGUCUUGUCAAUAACAAGAUUGAAGACAUUCACCCAGAAGCCUUCGAGUCUGUUCCUCGACUAAGAGAUCUAAACCUUGGUAACAAUCGUUUUCCUACACUUCCGACUAAGGGAUUACAGGAUCUUCGACAGCUUAAAACUUUCAACAAUCCAAAUUUAAAAGAGUUCCCCUCUCCAGACUCCUUUCCCCGUGUUCAUACCUUAGUUCUCUCCUACUCAUACCACUGUUGUGCGUUCCUCUCCGUCAGUCGGAAAACGCUCGAAAAGUCUACAAGACUACAGGAGGCUAUUGUGUGGCUGACAAAAGAUGACGUGGACAUGAACGUAUGGAGUACGAACAUCACAGACGUCUGGCCUGGCUAUGAGAAUUUUUCAUCAAAAUUUGAAGAGUUCGCUCUUCAGUUGUGGAAAUCCUUGGGUAAAGAUUAUACCAUUCCUGACAACUUGGCUCAAUAUGCAGAAGAAUAUUUUGAAGACUACAAGUCAUUUUACAAUAGUGAAGACAUACUUCUCGCUCGUUAUCCAAUCCAGUGUAUACCACAACCAGAUCCGUUUCUUCCUUGUGACGACCUGUUUGGCUGGUGGACUUUACGCUGUGGAAUCUGGAUAGUGUUCCUUCUUGCUAUGCUAGGGAACGGUGUGGUGGUGGUGGUCAUAAUGUUCGGUCAGAGCACAAUGGACGUUCCAAGGUUUCUUGUCUGUAAUCUCGCCACCGCUGACUUCUUUUUGGGGAUUUAUCUCGGGAUCCUAGCCGUGGUGGACGCUUCCACAUUAGGGGAAUUUCAAGUGUACGGCAUUUCUUGGCAAAGUUCGGCAGGAUGCCAGAUAGCAGGGUUCCUCGGAGUCCUGAGCAGUGAGCUGUCCGUCUACACCUUGUCAGUGAUCACUUUAGAAAGGAACUACGCCAUUACUCACGCUAUGUACGUGAACAAACGCCUGUCUUUAAAGCAUGCUGCAUACAUUAUGGCUGCUGGCUGGACAUUUGCUUUGAUUAUGGCAGUUAUGCCUCUAUGUGGUGUAAGUGACUACAGAAAGUUUGCUGUUUGUUUGCCUUUUGAGACAGGGUCAACUCUGUCACUUGGUUAUGUCGUGUUUCUCAUCUUUAUCAAUGGUAUCGCUUUUCUAAUCUUAAUGGGAUGUUACCUGAAGAUGUACUGUGCUAUUAGAGGAUCACAAGCCUGGAAUUCCAACGAUUCACGAAUUGCGAAGAGAAUGGCUCUUCUUGUUUUCACCGACUUUGUUUGCUGGGCUCCUAUAGCAUUCUUUUCACUGACAGCAGUCUUUGGGCUUCACCUUAUUUCAUUGGAAGAAGCAAAAGUCUUUACAAUUUUUAUCCUCCCUCUAAAUAGUUGUGCCAAUCCAUUUUUGUACGCCAUUUUUACUAAACAGUUUAAAAAAGAUUGUGUGCUUAUUUGCAAAAGAAUAGAAGAAUCGAGAGUUACUCGUGGUAUUGGGAGAUGCCGUCACAGUUCCAACUUUUCUAAUCGCCAUACACCAGCUAAUACCAACUCGGCUGCUGAACGUAAAAGCGCCGAAAGUGACCAGCCAACGUGUCAAUGUGGUCAACACAAAGUCAUCGAUGAACCCAAACUAACGGAACGUAGAAGCCGUUGGAAAUCAUUUGCAAUGAGAUACUUUCUUUGUCAAGAAUCUGAGGUACAAACCGAUCCCAGUACAUAUACUUUCGCAAUUGCACAAAUACAAAAAAAUCUAGAACGUGGCACUAAAACAGGCGCGAGUGUCUCCAGUGACAACUUCUCAUCUCGGUCUGACAGUUGGCGUCAGAAUGCAAUUCCGCUUCGACUCUUGGAACAUGGCGCACGUCAAAAUUCGUGGAAUUUAAUUCGCAAGAAUUCUCAAGAUUCGAGCAUGUCUUGCAGUAGGCAAGAUUCUUCAACAUCCACUUUUCGCAUGUCUCGUUCAAGUGUAAGCAGUGACAAAUCGGAUUCUCAACACACCCGAUCAGGACUUCCAACUCUUAAAGAUCGUACUCCAAUCAGUCCAGUGGUAGUUGAACAAUGCCAUGGAUUUCGGCCAUGCCCAUCUGUUAGGGAAAGACCAAUUGUGAAUGGGGAAUCUCGUUUCAUGCGAGGAAUGAUAAGUACAGCAAAAGAUAAUUCAAAAUUAUGUCGUGAGGUGGCAGUUGAUGACACGCGUAUUCCUCGAGUUAUUGGAAAAGGAUAUGAUCCCAGAUCACAACAGUUUGGACGAUUUUGUCCUAGUUGCUCUAAAAAAGAUCCUAGUUUUCCAUUAACAUUUAAGAAUAAAGAACUAGAAGAAAAAUUCAACUGCUUUUAUAACAGACUAGCAGAAACGAGCCAUGAGGAUAGUAGUGAAGUCCUGACCUCUAAAGAAGAUCAUGUCAUUUUAUCUAGUGACCAGUCUACAGGCGAUCAUAAAGUGGACUCUUCAAACACCCAUGACACUUCACUUCCUGACUCUUCUGUUCAACCUGCUGAGAUAACCGUUCAUCCCCAAAUAGAAAUUCAAGAGAAUAUUUCACAAGAUACAGAAAAGGAAUGUGUAGAAGACAAAGUCAACAACUGGCUUAGGACUUCUGUUACCGACGUGAUGGGAGGUAGUGAGGGGAGGUUGCAAGCCAGUACAGAAAGCUAUCUGAACACUAACCACCUUUGCGUGAGCUUUGACAAUAUUCAGAAUCCCAAGUCACGAAGUAUGACUUAUAUUGCUUCUGACAGUAAAUUAAACAAAGGUCGAAAAGUAGCAUCGGAUAAUUCACUUAAAAAACUUUCCUUAAAGAGUCUACCAAGCCUGUUACGAUCUCUCUCUAGCCAAAGCACCCAGAAGCUUCAGCGACUAAAAGCUAAAAGACAGUAUCACUUAAAAUCAAAACCCAAAGGGAAUCUGCCAUGUUCAGAAAGUGAAACAAUAAUAACAAAAUGUAAUGAAGAGUUUGAUAAUAAUUGGAGGUUGCCAGUAUCGCCAAAGUUGUAUAAAAGAGCGAAAACUGAAGAAUGUGAAUCUGAAUCGGAAAUUGAUGAUGUUUUUAUUGAAAUAAAAUGUCAGCCCAUUGAACAGUGUACUAGCAAGAGCACUGAAUUUGAAACAUUUUCAUCGCAUGAUAAGAAAGAAAUGGUUGAACAGUCUAGUACACAACCAAUGCUUAGCAUCAAUGAAGAACUUCCCUUGAUUGAGCAGGAUGAUGAAAAUAUGAGACAAACUUCUGAAUGAGAGAGAACAUGAUGCUUCAAUAUAUAAUCUUUAUUCUGUUCUAAAUGAGAAAUGUCUAAUCAUUUUUAUGAACAAGAAUUGUGAAUGAAAACCUUGCGAUACAAACGAGUUGCUGUUGUUGGGCUUGAAUUGAGUAUUUGGAGAUACAACUGAGCUCUUCCGAAUUUUAACUGAAGAAAAUCCUUGAUGAGCUUCCAUAUAUAUUGUUACUUGUGAAGCCUUGUUAAAUUUUGAAUGGAAAAGUGGUUCUGUGCUUAGACCGUUUUUGAGCUUUAAACAAAAACCAGGUUAUACUAUUGAGUUCUAAGUACAUACAUAUUUUUAUAGCUGAAUUAUUGUUCAAAUCUGAAUGAAAACCUAGUUUUGCGUCUAAACCAUUGUUGAGCUGUAAAACCCUGGCAGUUUAGUUACAUCAUUGUAGAAUUCUAAAUAAAAAUCUGCUUUAACAGCUGGAUCACUGUUAAGUGCUGAAUAGAAACCUAGUUCUAUGGUUAGACUGUUGUUGAGCUGUAAAAUCAAGACCUGUUUUCUCAGCUAAGCCCUGUUUAAAUUCUGAACGAAAACCUGAUUACAAAGCUGAAUCAUUGUGAAUUCUAAGUGAAAAUAUGAAAAGUCGAAUCUUUGUUGAAUUCUAAAAGAAAACUUGGUUCUACGACUUAGCUAUUAGCGGGCUAUAGAUGAGGCCCUACUUUUACAGAAGAAACAGUGUCGAAUUUUGAAUGAUAACCUAGUUCUAUGUCUAGAGCAUUGUAGAAUUCAAAUUAAGAACUGCGAUUACAGUUGAAUCCUUGUUGAAAUCUGAAUAAAGAAAUGGUUCUACGGCUAGACGACUGUUCAGAUCUAAAAGAAGACCUGCUUUUACAGCUUCAGAUUUGCUGAAUUCUGAAUGAGAAUUUGGUUCUAUAGUUCUUAAUUAAAACCUGCUUCAACAGCACAGCUUUCAAUGAAUUCCGACCGAGAACCUGAUUUUAGCGAGAUAAAUGUUAAGCUCUAAAUGAAGAUGUGAUGAGGUAACGGAGUCCUCACUGCCGACUGUGAUAUGUAAAAACGUGUUUCAGUGUACAAUAUAGAUCGUGGUGUUACAAUAACGGUGGAUGUUUGAUAUAUAGUUUAAAAUAAUAGCUAUUGUAUUGACUAAAUAUUUGCAUGAAAAAUCGUC